AUGGCGGAACUUAGCGUACAAACAGGGUCAUCUCACCCCUUGUUGGCCCAUAAAGACCUUUUCCUAAUCAAUCCUCCGGGAAGCCCAUUGAGCACACAAGAGCUUGACAACAACAUCAUCGACUUAGACAAAGCCAGUCCUCUAGCUCCCGACACUUAUGAGCAGUUGUAUCUUGAUGCAUUUGAUGUGCAAAGCUUCAAUCACUCUCCUCCAAGACUUUCCAGCGUGUCAUCAUAUGCUACUACUCCAGAACCAAAAAUCAAUAAACCAGAGCUACGCUGUCGUACUGGAGGAGACACUAAGCCUAUCACCAAAAAGCCUGUAAUUAAUAAUGUUGAAAGCAAGGUCAUGAAGACAUUGAAUCGUUCUCCAAGUACAAAAAGUGUAACAAGCACUGUAUCUUCUCCAAGAUCUCCAAGAAUCCCAAAGCCAAAAAUAAGGAGCAAGUCUUUCCACGAAAACAACCUCACUCUACCUCUCGCAAGCCCAAGAAAAGUCGAAAAGAGCCCCAUUACUCCCACCCAAACACCACCAACGGGGAAAGAAGAUCCGGCAUUCUUAGGGCCUUACUUGCUUAAACAAACGAGGGAGUUGUUGUCAGCAGGGGAGAAUCCAAAGAAAGCUUUGGAAUUGGGUAUAAGAGCAAUGAGAGCAUUUGAAACCAAUAGAUCUCAGAAACCUAAUUUGGAAUAUGUUCUAUGUUUACACAUCGUAGCAGCAUUGUACUGUAGUUUAGGCCAAUAUUUUAAUGCCAUUCCUCUUCUAGAACGUUCUAUCGAGAUUCCAAGUAUGGGUGAAGGCCAAAAUAACUCACUAGCUAAGUUUGCGGGGUGUAUGCAGUUAGGCGAUACGUAUGCAAUGCUUGGAUACAUCGAAAAUUCCAUAUUAUGUUACACAAAUGGUUUAGGAAUCCAAAGACAAGUUUUAGGUGUAACAGAUCCAAGAUUUGGAGAGACAUGCAGGUAUGUAGCCGAAGCUCAUAUUCAAGCUUUGGAAUUCGAUGAAGCCAAGAAACUAUGCGAAAUGGCUCUUGACAUUCACAAAGCAAAUGGGACAACAGCUUCUGUAGAAGAAGCAGCAGAUAGGAGACUUAUGGGUCUUGUUUGCGAUGCGAAAGGAGAAUACGAAGCUGCACUUGAACAUUACGUGUUGGCCAGCAUCACCAUGUCAGCCGCCGGUCAAGACGCCGAUGUUGCCGCCAUUGACGUGUGUAUCGGUGACGCGUAUUUAUCGUUAGCUCGUUAUGAUGAAGCUGUUUUCGCGUAUCAGAAAGCGUUGAAUGUGUUUAAGUCGACAAAAGGUGACAAUCAUCCAUCUGUUGCUUCCGUUUUCGUUCGUUUGGCUGAGUUGUACAACAGAAUGGGAAAGUUCCGGGAGUCGAAAUCUUACUGUGGAAAUGCGUUACGAAUUUAUGAGAAACCGAUGCCGGGGAGCCCUAACGAUGAAAUCGCUAAUGGGUUUAUCGAAGUUUCUGCGAUUUACGAAUCGAUGAAUGAACUUGGUCCAGCGAUUAACCUUCUGAAGAAGGCGCUGAAAGUUUUCGGGAAGGUUCAAGGUCAAUUGAGCACCAUCGCCGGAGUUGAAGCUCAGAUGGGGGUUUUGUAUUACAUGAUGCGGCUUUACAACGAUUCGUAUGAUUACUUUAAGAUCGCGGUUUCGAAGCUGAGAGUGGUGGCGGAGAAGAAAUCGGCUUUAUUUGGUAGUGUUUUGAAUCAGAUGGGAUUAGCUUGUGUCCAGAUUGAAUUGUUGGAUGAAGCUGCGGAUUUAUUUGAAGAAGCAAAGGGAGUUUUGGAGGUGGAAUAUGGUCCUCAUCAUCCGGAGACACUCGGCGUUUACAGUAAUCUGGCCGGAACUUAUGAUGCAAUGGGUAGAUGGGAAGAUGCGAUUGAGAUACUGGAAUAUGUGGUGGGGAUGAGAGAGGAGAAACUGGGAACAGCGAGUUCGGACGUUGAUGAUGAGAAACGACGGCUGGCCCAGUUGUUAAAAGAUGCACGCAGGGACCGAAGCAAGAAAUCUUUGUCGCUUGAAUUUCUCCUUGAGGGUUAA